CCCCGCAGUACUAUAGCAUCACCCCCCACUCUACCCAAACCUCCUCCAAUAGGGUCCACCUCUUCUGUUGCAUGAACUUCAAGGUCAUGAAGAGCAGUCACUCUCCUAGGCAUAAUGCAGACAUGGGCUCGGAUUCUUAAAAGAUCCCAUGCUGCCUCUUUCCCCCUGGGGAGGGAUGGAGGGAGGGAAUCAAUAAACUAAAGAGCUCUCUCUCUCUCUGCUCUAUCCAUAGGAGGAUCAGAUCAGCAGUAGCUGUGCAGGCUCUCCCUCCUGGCUCUGGGCUGAGCUGCUGCAUUGAUGCUGAGCGUGCAGAGCCUUCCUUGCAGCACACAGCAGCACUUGUGCUGGCUCUGCUUGGCUGGUCCAUUGAUGUUGAAGGUGCAGAGCCUUCCAUGCAGCACUCAGCAGCACUUCUCUUGCUCUGCAUGGCUGGUCCAUUGAUGCUGAGGUUGCUGUGAGCUGAGCUACUGCAGAACAUUGAUGCUGAAGUUGCAGAGCCCUCCUUGCAGCACAUACAUCAGAGGCAUUGUGAGUCAAGUGCUCUGCAGCACAGGUCCAGCCAGGGCACCAUCACCGGACCUCCAUUCCCAGCCUCCAGGACAGAUACAGCCAGGGCAUCAUCACGGAUCCAGACAGGGCACCAUCACUGGACCUCCACCCUCAGCCACCAGCACAUAUCUAGCCAAGGCACCAUCCCUGGACCUCCAAGCCUCUAUCCCUGGACCUCCAACCAGGGCACCAUCCCUGGACCUCCAUCAUCCUCAGCCUCCACAUCCCGCUCUGGCACCAUCCCUGGACCUCCACCCCCAGCCUGGGAGGGUCACCAUGCCCCUGAAGCCCUACACCAGGGACAAGGACUCGUCCUCCCUCCUCCGCUGGGACGAGGUUCCCGAUGACUUCGUGGAGUGCUUCAUCCUCUCGGGCUACCGCCGGCUGCACCUCACCGCCCAGGAGUGCCUGGCCUCCAUCUUCCAGCCCACCAACGAGACCCUCAACUUCUGGACCCACUUCAUCCCGCUGGUCCUGUUCCUCAGCAAGUUCUACCAGGUGCUGUUCCUGGCCGGCGAGCUGCCCUUCCACCACCCGGCCCUGCUGCCCCUGUGGUGCUAUGCCUCGGGGGUCCUCCUGACCUUCGCCAUGAGCUGCACAGCCCAUGUGUUCAGCUGCCGCUCGCUGCGCCUGCGUGCCGCCUUCUUCUUCCUGGACUAUGCCUGCAUCAGCUACUACGGCUUCGCCAGCACGGUGGCUUACACCUACUACCUGCUGCCCCGGCUGGACCUGCUGGACCCGACCGUCAUGACCCCCUACCUGCACAGCCUGGGCUGGCACCGGGUGGACUACAGCCUGCUGCUGGGGGUGUACGGCGAGCUGGUCCUCCCGGUGGCCUUUGUCCUGGCCGUGACCUGCACGGUGGCUUGCUGUAAGAGCCGCUCCGAGGACUGCUCCUACCCGUUCGCCAUCCGCACCUUUGUGUUCGCCAUGCCCCUCAGCAUGGCCUGCCCGGUGAUGAUCGAGAGCCUACUGUUCGACCUCCGCAUGAAGAACCCCACGCUCUUCGUCCAUUUCUACCGGAGGUAUUUCUGGCUGCUGGUGGCCGCCUUCUUCAAUGUCAGCAAGAUUCCCGAGAGGAUCCAUCCGGGGCUGUUUGACAUCAUUGGACACAGCCACCAACUCUUCCACAUCUUCACCUUCCUCAGCAUCUAUGACCAGAUGCACUAUGUGGAGGAGGGCUUGGAGCAUUUCCUCAAGGCUCCAGCCACUUACCACUUACCAACUUUCUCUGGGACUGUAGGUUACAUGCUGCUGCUGACCCUGUGCCUGGGCUUGGUAGUGAGGACCUACCUAAAGGGACUUACCAACAUCAAGCAGAACUAACCAAAAUAGACAUGACAGGCUGCAACCACUGGGGAAGACUUCUCUCAUUCAUUUAAGGCAAUUUUAGGAAAACCAGAUGUUGUGCACUAUAUGUCCCCUGAUGCUUGGCCAGCAUUACAGCUGCAAGAUAAUUAAGGGAGAUAUUUAGAUGUUGUAGUAGAGCAACAAACCAUCUGAAGCUUUGCCAAAGCAUCAUAGGAGUUGCAGUUCUACAUCAGCUGUGUGCUUAUCUUUAGGCCAGGGGUAAGUAAUCUUUGGCGCUCCUGAUAUUGUGGACUACAUCUCCCCUGAUGAUUUGCCAGCAAUAUGGCUGUAGUAGCAUUAUGGGAGGUGUAGUCCACAACAGCAGGAGUGCUGAAGGUCUCCUUCCCCUUAUUUAGGCAAUCUGAAUGACUUCCAAAACGUGGGUGGGCUGUGGUGUUCUGCUGUGGACUAUCCCAGCUACCAGGAAGAUCUAUGACAAUAUUAGUGCUUCAGGUCUCUGAUGCAAACUUAUUCCUAGAGUGAUAUUGAUAUGUUUUUGUUUUUUUUAAUUACCUUUCUUCCAGGGAUCAAAAGAAUGAGGCACCUGGUCCUAAGGCAAUGCAUGUGUUACAAAAAUCUAUAUCACUUUCACUAGUGAUGGUUUGUAUCAGAAAGCAGGUCAUUGUGUGAACUUUGGACAAGAUCAGUAAUAAUCCCUAAUAAUCAGUUUAACAGCCAUAGCAGGUAGUUUGUGGUUCUGCAAGAGCCCAUUCUAGCCCCUUAUUUUUUUAAUUACCUUUCUUCCAGGGAUCAAAAUAAUGAGGCACCUGGUCCUAAGGCAAUGCAUGUGUUACAAAAAUCUAUAUCACUUUCACUAGUGAUGGUUUGUAUCAGAAAGCAGGUCAUUGUGUGAACUUUGGACAAGAUCAGUAAUAAUCCCUAAUAAUCAUUUUAACAGCCAUAGCAGGCAGUUUGUGGCUCUGCAAGAGCCCAUUCUAGCCCCUGGCCCAGUUUGCCAUGUAUGUCUAAAGUGGUUGCUUCCUCCGCUGGAAUGGUUCAGUCAUGUAUUAGCCUCAAGCCUUUUAAAGAUGCAUUCACUCUACUUUGCUGCUGAGAAAACAUUUUUUUAAAGCAUACCAAAUUCUAUCCCCCACCCCCUUCCCUUGCAGUUUUUAAAUUCAUUCAGGUCUUUGUAAGCUAGAGGCAUAAUCAUUUAAAAACUAAAAUAUGUGGAGUUGAGGAAUACAUUUCAACAUUUAGGCAAUAAUAAGCAGAAUUGUGAAAAAGACAGCUCUACCAUAAUGUCAUUUUAUUUUUCAACUGUUGCCGUUUUUAGACUAAAUUUUGUAUGCCAGAUUUGACUUUGCCACAUCUCAGUGUUAAGUAAAUAGACCCCUUAAUGUCUCCAUUUGACAUCUAAGGCUUGUUCCAAAGCCCACUGCAAAGCUGGUGUAUAGGAACUAGGUACCAAAUUGCUGUAAGCUUUAAUAGAAAUAUUUUGAUCAUCAAUUUUUUGAAGCCCUUGCAAGUGAAAAAAAAAUUUUUUUUUUUUUUUUUUUUAUUGUGCUUCAGAAACUGCAAACAUUUUGAUUGACAUGAAUUGAUUACAGAAUGGAGUAGCAAAAAAAAAAAUCAGAUACAUAACAUUUAUCCGUAGAUAUCAUGAAAUAAACGCCCAUAGAUUUUUACAGCCCAUUGAGUUUACCUUUGAGAUUCCAUGCUUUUAAAUGAAUGAAAUAAAAAAAAGAAGGAAGAUCUAACUCUCUUAGCCAACCCAUUCACUGAUUUGUUAAAUAACCAACGUCCGUUUUAUAGUAUUUGUUUUUUCUAAAGAGUGAAUGUAUCUUUAAUCGGUUUGUUUCUGCAAUCCCUAAGGGACAUGAAUAGUUAUAAUAAAUUAGGAUAUUUCAAAUGAACGUGUGGGACACAAACCAGUAACUUGUUUUUUUUUUUUAUUAUUAUUAUUAUUAUUAUUUGUUUGCUAAUGCCUAUAUAAUUUUAGCAUUGUCCUUUUAUUUUAGGGGUAGUGAGUUUGUGGUGAUCUGCACUGGGAUUAGAUCCUUCUAUGUAAACAGAUUGGCAGCUGCAUUAUCAGCUUGCUAAUGUUGUCUUUGUGUUGUGCAAUACAUAGAUCCCAGAUUCAAAGACACAGCGUGAGCUAGAACAAGACACAUCUUCAAUUAUGCCUGGCCUCUUGUUCUCAUUCAUAAAUAGAUGAUCCUCUCUAGAGCAGCUGCUAGCGCACAAUGUGCUCCCACUGUAUGGAGCAGAUAACCUCAACAGUGCUAGGAGGGAGUUCUUUCUUUGUAUGUCUAUAUGGGGAUGUUUUAAACUGAUUUAACCUCUUAGCAGAAUGUGCAUGGCAUUUGUGAUGCACUAAACACUUUAGCUGCCAAAUGUUGGGGCACCACAUUCCAGAGUGUUGUUUUUGCUGGUACCUUUAGCAGCGUUAGUGUCAGAAAAGCAAUUAUUUUUAACCAUCUAGCCUCUGGGCCGAGAAUGCAUUGCACUUCCCUUAACGGGUUUUAUUUAUUUUAAAAGUAUUUUACUAGGAACAAAAUAUUGAGGUGCAUGGAUCGAAUUGUCUCCAAUUUGUGCGGUGACUCAAUGCAUAUAUAUAUACACACAUACACACACAGCCAGUCAUAGGUAAAGUACUGUUAAAUCAUGCCACACUGAAGAUAUUUGGAUUUUUAAAUGGGUUAAAUGGGUUAUUGCUUGCAAUAAGAGACUUUAAAUGGUCCUUAUGUUUUUUUAAUAUCACCAACUUCCAGAUAGAAACCGGAAUAGUUUUUUUUAAAUAUAAUUUAUUUAAGUUAUUUUAUCACCUUAAUUGUCUGCCAGAAAGGCAAAUUGUUUUAUUUAUGUCUUGGGUCUGUUGUAGAAUAAUUCCGGUUUAGUAUUUAGAAUCCAUUCACAUGUUUUAGCAGAAAUGUGAUUUGAUAUAUAUAUUUGACACACACACACACACACUGGUAUGCCCGCCCUGAUGGUAUGGGGAGGGAUACACAUUUUGGGAGACUGUUGUAAUAUGAAUGAAUUGGACCACUGUGAAAGGCUGUCAAUGCAGCAAAAUCCUUGUCUGCUGCAGAACUCUCUAGACUAGAGAAUAAAACUUUCAAUAACUAUUGUGUUUCAGGAUUGAAUACUCCACGAAGAACUAAUUUUGAGUCUAGGUAACAGAAGACAUUUUGCAGUAGAUAAGGCCUAUUUAUUUUUCAAACCCUAUGCAAUUGAUGUGCAGGAGCUACUGAACACUUGAUGUCCAAUUAAGGAGUAUCAUUUUUGUUUUAGGACAGAAAAAUACAAACUUUCACCUUAUGUCGAGAAAUUUUGCAAAAUUCAUACAUCAGAAAAUAAUGUAUGCAACCAAGUAUGUACUAUUCAAAAGGUCAAAUAAACAGAAAUGUUUCCAAGACUCCAUCUUUCAAAUUUAAAAAUGACCCUGUUUGUUUAUUUUUACCAAAGUGUAAUAUUUCCAAAGACUAUGACAUUGUGACUUCCUAAAAGCAAAGAGCAAGAUAUCUCUGUUGAAGAAUUGACGAUAUAAACUUUAUAAUAUAUGUAUAAAUGAUCAAACCAAAAAAGUAUCAUCUGCUGCAUGUUGAUGUGUGUAUUUGAUUUGCAGAUACAAAUAUAUAACUGAUGGAUGGAUUUAAAGGGCACUUUAGGACAGGCAGUUAUUAACAGGGAUUUUGCCAGAACUCUGUAACGUCAAUUGUUAAGCUUACUCUGUGGAAGCUCGGUCAUAUUGAUCAAUUCUGAAACAGCAUCUAUAUAAUAAUAUAGCAGUCAUUUCCCCACAAGCAUGUCCCAGAGGCCUGAAAUUCCUUGCUACACAAGACUGGAUAUUUAGCUCCCCAAUGCUAUUCUAGCAGCAUAUAGUAUGUACUAUAGUCACAGUUUAUUUCUGUUAUGCCUAAUUGUGGCAGCAUCCUGGAUCAAUAGUAACUAGUGCAAAUGUGCACACACUCCUAACAUAGAAAUACUAUUUGGUUGCAUAAGCUCAUAGGCAUUUUAACCCAUGUAGUGGCUGAGGUAUUAUUAACCCUCAGGAAGCCAAAUCAUAAAAUAGUAGACCGUGUCCCAUUCUGUUUUAUGAGAUUUUGCAUGUCACUGUUUUAAUUGACUUGCACCAACCACAGCUGUUCCUUGACUCAAGAGUGACAAUGUUUGCUGUUAGGAUGUCAUUUUUAAUGAAGAACAUUUAUUUUGCAGAGCCAGGCACACAGAUGGCACAUUUAUGGCUCUUUGUGUAACAGGAAUCUGUGGAAUUCUCACAUAUAACGUGUUACAAUACCUUUUACUUGUGUUAAUGAUGCCGGUGCACAUACAUGUGCUGAGGUUUACUACCUACUCAUGGAAUUUUAAUUAAAUAAAAACAGAUUUGUGAAAUUUAGACAAAA